AUGAAUGAGAGGGAAUACAAAGCUUUGAAGAAAUACCAAGAUGAUGAAAAAAGUCGUAUCAAGAAAGGGUGUGAUAGCUUUAGAGAAAAGAUAAGAAAUGUGAGACAAGAUUUUUAGGCACCAGUUAACAAGGGUACAAGAAGCAUAAGUGGGAGGAUUGCUGAAGAAACUUUUGAGCUGUUGACUGAAAAAUGGGGUAGGCUGCCUUAUAUUUGUGGUUUACAAGGUCCCUUUCCAUUGGAAUUGAUGGAGAUA